GCGACCGAGCGGCUCCUUUGUACCGCGCGCAGUGCUACCUACACAGCCUUGUGUACACCGGUUCGAAAAAGCGCGCUGAAAUUGAUCGAGCGCGGUGACGGAUCGUCCAAUCCUGUAAAAUCGCUGAAAAGGAAGGGAAGUAAAAUAUUUGAGCAUCGCUGAUCGAUCAUGCGGCACAAUCGGCGCUGAGGGAGAGAGUCCGGUCUCUGUCUGCGGGCGAAUGCCUCUAGUAGGAUGAACGCGCUGGUGAGCCUGCUGGCGCAGAGGGGCAGCGCGAGGUGCGGCUGGCUCAUGGACGAGAGCCGCGUGCGCCGGGCCAUCUCGUUCCAGGACGAGACGGAGGCGUCGCUCGGGCAGCCGGCCGACGGGCGGCCGGCGACGUCGCACCACCAGGUGCCGGCGCGCAAUCGUAGCUUCGAGGCCGGCAUCGAGGCGUACGAGGAGGAGGCCGGCGACGAGUGCCACUCGCUCUACUUCGUGCUGGACUUCUCGCACCAGUACUACAUCCCGUUCAUCAUCCUGCUGGGCCUGGUGGGCAACCUGCUCUCCUGCGUCGUCUUCCUGAACACGCACCUCAAGAUGCGCAGCUCGAGCUACUACUUGGCGGCCCUGGCAACGGCCGACUUUAGCUUCCUCUUCUCGCUGCUGCUCGUCUGGCUGAACAACAGCAUCGGCUGGCGGGUGUUCAACAAGGACGGCUGGUGCGAGACCGUCGUCUACGUCUCCUCGGUCUGCAGCAGCCUAAGCGUCUGGCUGAUAGUCGCGUUCACGGUCGAGCGCUUCAUCGCGGUGCAGUACCCGCUGCACCGGCCGCACAUGUGCACGAUAGCGCGCGCCAAGAGCAUCGUCCUCGCGCUGGUCGUCCUGGCGAUGGUCAGCCACUCCUACUCCUUCGUCACGGCCGGGGUCGUCAAGACGCAGGACGGCAACGAGAUGUGCGACAUGAAGAACGAGUACCUCGAGACGAUGCGCAUCGUCAGCAUCAUCGACAGCAUCGCCAGCCUCAUGGCGCCGCUCGUCCUCAUUGUCGUCAUGAACACCAUGAUCAUGAGGAACCUGCUGCGCUUCAGCAGGCGCUUCGGCCAGAACAGCUCCGGCGGCCUCUCCACCGAGACGAGGUGUCCCAGCCGGGAGCGCUCCGACAUCAAUCUCAACCAGAUACCGGUGAGCCGUCCUAUUAGUGGCAGCAGCAGCAAUAACGGAGCCAAUGGGAUUGCCCUCAGUUCGGGCAUCGGCGCUCGCAGACAGCCGUCCCAGCAAUCAUUCCAAUCGUCCAAGAACAAUCACUCGAAUCAUUCACGCACGCAGCAACAACAGCAGCAGCAGCAACAACAACAACAGACGACGACGACGUCGCCGCCACAAGCGCAGCAGGCACCCUCGACUAUCGUCCCCCCCUCGACCCCGAGGAACGCAUACGUGCUGCCUGAAAUUACCUCGCGUUGCAUACAUGUGAGGUCGUCUUCUAGGAAUUUGGUCUCCACGCGCAAUCAGCAAAGCAUCACAAAAAUGCUUUUGUUGAUUAGCACCGUGUUUAUUCUGCUCAAUCUACCAAGCUACGUUAUACGACUGUGUGUCUUUUUCUUCACACUGGCGCGCAAGGACACGCCAGCGUUACUCUGGUGUCUCCAGCAGUUUUUCAUGCUAUUGUACUAUACGAAUUUCAGUAUCAAUUUCUUAUUGUACGCAAUGUGCGGUAUCACGUUUAGGCGUUGCCUGGGGCAACUCCUACGGAAGAUCCUUAAAAGCCUGACGAGGUAUCACUGCAACCCUCAGCGUUAUAUAUAGCGAUUGUUCAGACACUCGAGGUCAUUCAAAAGCCCUACAGAAACGCUUAACAUGAUGACCCCGAGAGAGAAUUUGGAACUACCCUGAACGUCGCGAGACAUAGACUUGUUCAAAUUGUAAAUCGUUUUUUGUAAUUAACAAAUCAUUGGAAUUUCGCGUUAUUUUUCAGGAAUGUAUAUCGUGGCGUAAAUUAUAUAUAGUUCUUAUAGAACGAUUAGUCAGUUUACGCGAAAGUCGAGAUAACGUCAGUAUUAGCCCGUUACAACCAUCACAGUUCCUAUGCUGUCGAAAUUUUAUUGUUGGAAUGUAUAAAUAUUAAUGAUGAUGAUGCUAUUAUUGUGUCAUGUGUUGCGUCAAUAAAGAUUCCAUAUAGCUAAUUUGCUUUGAAAAUACAUGUAUUUGAUUAUAGCUAAUCAAUAUAGAACGAUAGAACGCCAUUAUGAUAUAAAAAUGGCGUAACUGUAGCCCUUUACAGCACGGCGCGUACUUUUAAUAAUUUUUUUUAAAGAUUACUGUAAUGAGCGUCGUUUUUUGUUUUAAUAAAAAAAUUGAUCCAUUUGGCCCUCCGAUUUGCUUGAAAGGUGUGAAAAGGCGUGAAAAUCCUUGCGUACAUUAAAAACAAUCGUACGCACUAAGAGCAAAAUGUCCUUUUUCACAUUGCAAAAGACUUACUCUCACUCUUAGUCCACGACAUAUUAUUACAAGGCUGCCGUUUGUUAUUAAAAUAAUUGAAAUUACUUUUCUUACGAAGAUGUUUAGCCUGCAAGCUCGAGUCAGAUGGCAUCAGCACGCAUUAAAAUUGCCAUGGCCGCCACACCCAUAACAUAGCUAAAGACAUAUAGCUGUGCUAGUCUGACGCAAACUCAUGUGACUAGCGUACUCUACGUUACAAACAUGAUUUUUUGCAUAAUUACUAAAAAUUUCGCAAAACCUGGUCGCAAAUCUGGCUUGAGCUUGCAAGGCAAACAUCCUCACAAGUAAUCAUUUCGUAAUUUCAUAAAAAUUUCUAAUACAUUUUUUUAAAGUAAAGCUUGCGUAAAAUGUAUAUAUUUUCGAAGAAAGAGCAUGCUGAUGCAUAAAAUAUGAAGAUGUAUUUUGUCAAACAUAAAGAAGUGGCGAUAUAUUAUAAUCGAUGAAAUUUGACAUUCUGAAUGUAUGAUAUUUUAUUAACGAGCUCUAUUCUAUGUAUGCUGUAUGUAAUGUAUAUGUUUGAUCGUAUAUUGAAUAUUAAAAUUAAGAAGUAUUUAUGAAUAACACUAGACGACAGUUUUACGAAAACAAGAAGAAAAAUCUAUAUAUUUAUUAAGAAAGAAAUGUACAUAUAAUAUAAAAGAAAAGCAAAUUGACAUCCAAUAAUGGAGUGUAUUAAAGCGAACGUCUUAUCCAGAUAUUUUACGUUUAGAAUUAGUUGCUGAAUAAAAAUUUCCACAGACAGACGCGAUAUAGAAGAUAAAACAUAAGUCAGGAGGUCGAUACUACGUCUGAUGGGAUCGUUCUUCUGUUCUCGUCUCAUCAUUACAUUGUUACCGCCUUCGCAAUUUUAUUGGACACUGUAACGCCGGGCUGUGUUAGGCAUGAGCAGACACUAAUGAAAUUUCGGAUGAAAGACUUCCAGUCCUAUUAGCGAUGGCUUUCUCAUUCGGCCCUUCUUUCGGUUCUCUGCACUUUAACGAGAUCUCGAGCAAAUGCCUUUUACCGAACUUUGGGAGAUGACGCAUUCAAAUUUUUCUUUUCAUGUUGUUUUGCAUAGAACACAAGGAGCAUUCUGUGUGAUCUUAGAUCAUAUUUUUUCACGAGAUCUUGUAAAGGCAGACUUGUUUUUAUUUAUUAUUAUGAGAAUUGCAUCUGUCAGUAAAUUUAGCAAGUUGGUGGCUGUAAUUGUUAUCUGAAAAUAGCCAGAAGUAAUUUCUUUUGUGUAUAGGUGAUUUAAUAAUCUGUAAAUAAUAAUCUGUAAAUAAGUAUCAACGAUCUCCAAAUCUAUUAUAUAAUCUAUUUCUUAUUGGAUUAUCAUUUCCUCGUUCGAACGUAUUUUAUAAUUUCUAAUAAGUUUUCUGUACAUUGUUGGUUCUUAUUGUUAAAAAUUGAGACAACAUUUUGUCGGUAUCAAGUUAUAUUUGUACAAUAUGCCAUAGAUAGGCAUGGUCAUACUACUACCGAUUCUUCUCUCUUAUACGAUAUAAUAAAAAUAGAAAUGUACGAUCAAAAAAUAAACUUAGCGCAAACAAGAAUUCUAUUUUAUGCUUAUCAUUCUGGAUCACGUAUUGACCCUCGACGUUUGCAGUCCAAUAAGAUUCCCGAUAAAUUUUCGUAUACUUUUUCUUAUUUCUCUUCAUCGUCAAUAUAUGGGCAAUUUAUAUCGAGAAGGUAUUUUGUUUCAAUUCUAUAUAUUAUAGAUUUCAAUAGUAAUGAAGUCCCUUACAAAUCAAUAAACUUUAGGAUUAUUGAUUCCAAAACAAAAGUUUUGAUAAUAAAUCCAAUCGCAAUUAAUAUUUCAAUUUUCUAAUUCUUGGUAAAAGCUUCUAUCGGACCCUCCUAACAGACUAGUCUCUUUGUAUAAAAAUUUAAUUGUGAAUAAAAAUAUCGUCAGAGCUAUUUCAGCAAAAACGGAAUUGACACAUGCGUGGGUUUAUAGCUAAAGAUGCUUUCAAGGUGUUUCAUCUUGCAUUAUCCCUAACAGAAAGUGUAUACGUGACACCGAAAUGUACACUUUUAUAUAUAAGAUGGACAAAGAGAUGACCCGCCCAUGGCCAGAAAAAAGAAAAGACCCUCGUUUCUUCUUUGAUUGUAUGUCCUAAGGAAGGAUACGAAUAACCAUUAGAUCUUCUAUAAAUUAAUUAUUAUUUUCUAUUAUUUUAUGUUUUAUUUUACGCUUGCAAUUUUAAAGAUGACUUAUAAUGCCGAUAAAAUGUUCGGACAACGAUUAAAUGUUUUAUUUUGAAAAUUACAAGAUAUAAAUUAUUUAAAAUUCAAGUAACUUUUUAAGUUUUGUCCAUGUGAUACUUAAAUCUUUAGUUGAAUCACAAUCAUCCUUAUAAAGUAAAAUGUAGUUUCUAAAAUUUCUAAGCAUACGUGACCCAGAAACACGUUGAAGGAUUAACUGAAUGUUUGUUAAACUCUGCUAAUGGUUGAGCAUUCGCUGUAUGAAUUAUCGAAAUCAUCCAUUGAUACAAAUGAUACAAGUGAUCUCGCGUGAGCGUGCAAACGCGUGAACGUAUUUAUUUAAUACGAGGAAUGCAAUGAAAAUUUGAAUAUGCAGUAGGUCAUUUCUAUCAUGCUCAUCAUUGCUAAAUUUAAAAUGAUUGUAUAAGCGCGAAUGACGUGCUUUUUGAAAAUUAAUGUACUUGUGACUUCUAUGUAUGUAUAUACAAGAAUAAUUGAUAAUACAUGCAAUAUGUAACAUCAAUAUAGAUGUCCGUAAUGUAUCAACCCUGUAGAUGCUGCUUUAAAGUGAUUCAUAUAGCAGCUAAAUGUACUAAAUUAGUGCAUUUGGCGUGUUAAUUGCAUAAACUUUUCAAUUCUUAACGAGUUUUUUUCUCAGAUGCCGUGAUAGCGAUAUUGAUAUUAUUUUGUUUGGAAUAAUUAGCUAAUAUACAUAUACAGGGUAAUUGAUCUAGGGCUCUUGAAAAAAUGCCUGUAUCUCUAUAUGUGUGUAAAUGCAAUUUCUGAAUGCACGUCAUUAUUUUAUAUCUUUAGUCAUGUUUAUUUUUAGAAUCAUUUUUCUUAUGCUGUAAUGGUUAUAAACAAAACCAGACUUAAGUUGUUUUGUAGGUAAUAAAUUGAUUUCUCACUUUUUCCCCAAAAUCUUCAAAAUCUGAUGUAAUCGUUAUUUUCAGAAAAAAAUAAUAAUCGUUCUGAAUGUAAGCCAUAAAAUUUAUAUUUAAAGCUCUAGAGAUUUAACAAAUGUGUAAAUGUAUGUUUCAGCGGUAUCUAUAUAUACAUGUAAUAUAUUGAUGUAUACAAAUUUUUAUGGUUAUUUAACUUGAAUAAUGCAUACAUCUUGUCAGUCUCAACGAAGUUGAACAAUCUAGUAACAUUAGCAUAUAUUCAUAUCUUAUAUUUUUUCGGCAGAGAAAAAUUGUUGGGAACUUAUCGAUCCAGAGAGGGGAAAAAAGAAAAAUCUUUCAAAUUCCUUAGCUUUUCACAUACAACUUGCGCGUCUCUAUUUCACAUAUUCCCAACAACAUUCCUUUGCUGGUGACCACUGAGGGAUGAAAGCAGCCUUAGAGUCUCUAAAACAAUCUUUGUAUAUUCUUUUAACCUUAAUACCGUCCACUUCAAAUAAAUUUCGUGGGUUGAUUGUUGGUUAUCACUUUUCGCAGUCACCUAAAUAUGCAUACCAAACUAGAUUUUCUUCUGCUGGAAUGAAAAGUAUCUUGGGUUCCCUACAAUACACAUUAACCAAUUCUAUUUGUUUAAUUGCUAAUGUACAUAGAACAUUGUAAAUAAAGUACAAAAUAUGUAUCAAUAUAAAUGUAUAUUCUGAACUAAAUUAUCCGCCUGAUCGGCUGGUUAAUUAAAUAUAUACGUAUAUAUUUGUAUGAAA